CCUCGCGACCCCUCACCUGCACUUCCCUCAAACACGACGAUGAGAUCGAAAGCAAACUUUAAAAGUCUGAGCUCAACCAUCCAACGGGAGGCCAGUCAAGAUUGUUCGGUACCAACAUGAAUGUCGUUGGUUGUUGGAUCCUUGGCAACAAAGAAAGGCACCGGCCCAAGAUACACCCGCGCGAACAUAAAAAGCUUGAUCAGCACCUCCCAAUGAACACAUCCGACCCAUCUCAUGAUUCUCAUCAACCAUGAAUUCCUCACUCUCAACCCUCACUCCGGCCCCCGGCUCGGCAGAAAGCGUCCUCUCCCAACAACCCAAACCAAAAAAGAACCUCAUAAUCGACACCGACCUCUUCAGCGACGUCGACGACGCCGGCGCCCUCCUCUUGGCAUCCACCUCCCCGCACAUCAACCUCCUCGGCGUGCUCAUCAACAAACCCUCCACCUACUCCGUCCUCGCCGCCUCCGCCAUCGUGUCUUACUACACCACCCAUUCCCAUUCCCAUUCUCAAAAUUCUCAAAAUAAGGCCAAGGCCAUCCCCAUCCCCAUCGGCGUGUUCCGCCACCCUACUGAUGACGGCUCUGUAAUACCCCUUCCUAACACCACAUUUCUCGACGUGGUGUCCUGGCACCUAGGCGAGUUUGCUUCCAAAAUCGCCUACCAGUUCGGUUCUGCUUCUUCCCCCUAUCAAGUUAAAGGAGAGGGAGCAAACAUACCGUGGGAACGUCACGCCGAAUCCGCCUGGCCCGCCGUCUCGCUUUACCGCAAGCUUCUUGGUCAAGCAGACCCUCAAAGCGUAACCAUCGCCUCGAUAGGCUUUCUCGAUAACCUGUCUCUUCUCCUCGACUCCUCCCCCGACUCCUUUUCUCCCUUGACCGGGCGCCAGUUGAUUUCGCAAAAGGUGGCGGAGCUGGUGGUCAUGGGCGGUCGGUACCCAGAGGGAAAAAGCUGGAACUUCUUUGGUUCUGACCCUGACUCAGCUCAUCACAAUGGCGGACAAGGGCUAGGGUUAGGGCUGAAGGGCACGGCGAAUGUUAUUAAUAAUUGGCCUACACCCCAAAGAGAUGGGUGGAAAGGAAAGGUGGUGUACGUCGGCGAUGAAGUGGGACGGAACGUCUUGACGGGCGGGGAGUUGGUGAAGAAGAUGGGGCCGAAGGGGGAUCCGGUCGGGCGAGCGUAUGGGUAUUAUGCUUAUGGAGAGGCCAGACCGAGUUGGGAUCCGGUGGCGGUGUUGUAUGCCAUUGGUGGAUUGGGGGAGCAGCUGUUCAAGUAUGAUGAGCGGUACGGGUAUGGGCGGAAUUGGGUGGAUGAGAGGGACGGGUCGAACAAGUGGGUUUGGGAUGAGGAGACCAAGAAUCAGUUUGUGCUGGCGUUGAAGGCGGAUAACGAGACGGUGGCGAAGGAGAUUGAUCGGUUGUUUCUCGAGGGAGCAUUGAGCGUGGCCGUGGAGAGGGCUGGCCCGAUGGGCGAGCAGACAGGUCCAAAGUUUUGAGGCAAACCACAGAUCACUCGGUCGAACAUGGUGCUUUCCCAGUUCUCCCCUUCCGAUUGUACCUUCCACUUGGGUCUGGCCAAGAUCAUUGCAACUCACAGCCUCUGAUUCAGUUCCAUGCACUUGCACUUUCUUGGGCCAGGAAAGAGCGAGUGCCUGCUUGGUUGCAAUCAUGCAGUGAUAG